AUGGAAUGCCACGAGAGAUACGCAUCGGAGGCGGUUUAUAGCGUUGGAGUAUGUUGGAACCAAUGGGGUAUGAGAAGACAAGCUCGCCAGUCCGCCUCAACAAGGCGAUUUAGAUAUUGGCUUCCAGACACCACUAUUGCCCGGAAUUUUAUAUUGUAUGCAGACCUCUCUGCAGAUAAGUGUAAGGUUGCUGCGACCUUUGAUUCAGCUAGUCGACUUAGCAGCAGUCUAUAA